UCGAUUAGAAGCGAAAUUUUCAUUUAUAUAAAUUAGUAAACAAAAUCGAGAAACUAUAUUUUCGCCAUGUAGCUUCCCCCCCCCACCCCGAUUCUGAGAUGGUUGUGUUGUGGAUUUGUGUCGUGGGAGGAAUGUGAGUGGAAGUGUUGCUCAUGGAGCUUCAGGUGGUGUGCGGAUUGCUCUACUGCUGCCUGCUGCCCAUCUUUUUACUGGCAGCCUGCAUCUUUCGCUACAACGCUCUCUCUUUAGUCUACCUUCUUUACUUGCUGCUAUUACCAUGGUUUCAAUGGCCCAACAAACACACACUACGAGGACACACUGGACAUUACAUCAAGGCCCUUUUCAGCACCAGUCUGAUUUUCCUCUUGGCACAUGUCAGCUUCCAGAUCUGCCUAUAUACCAUCCCCAGCCUUGAUGAUGAACUGGGACAUAACUGCAGCUCAUGGGAGACUCUAUCAAGACAUAUUGGAGUGUCCAGGCUACCGCUGGAGGAUCCUUGGAGCAUGGUGUGGCUCCUGACCCCAGAUCUUGGCAUCUUCAUUAUUUCUCUGAUCACCCUGAUACUGUGUAGCUGUCUGUUGAAGAAGAGAGAGGAGGGGCCCAAUCCUCACAUGUCUACACUUCUCCAGGAGGAGGAUGAAACUGAAGAUGAUGAUGUAGAAGGAGAAGAUGAGGAAAUGUUAUCCUGUAGUGCGACGGAAGAUGAGGAGAGUCCUUACUCAAGCAGUGGGGCGGCACAGUUAGCUGCCCGCCUCCGUGCCACAGCACAACACUUCCUCAGGAACAUGGGCCGCAUCCUGGCCAUCACACUACUAGCACUAGCUGGGAUCACUUUACCCUCUGCAUUCUCUGCCUUCUACUUCCUUCUCUUUAUUGGAGUGUGCACAUGGUGGGCUUGCCACUUUCCCAUCAGCCAUCUGGGAUUUAAUGCAUUGUGCGUGAUGGUGGCCUUCUUCACAUGGGGGCACCUGGUGUGUCUUUACCUGUAUCAAAGCUCAUUUGCGCAAGACAUGUUCUCCCCAGCGGGCCUGUGGGCCAGACUAUUUGGUCUGAAGGAUAUAAUAAAGCCUGGAAACUGUUCUUCUUUUGACAUCACCUUCAACAUGGAGCAUGACUGGCCAGUGUACGUCAAUCCUGGCAUUCUUCUCCUCUUGUACAUCUCUGUGACUAUUGUGCUGAAAAUCAACAGUUACAGUCAUGGCCACACGGACCAGACCGAUGAGGGUGGAGCAGUUGAAGCAGUACAGGGUGAGGCUGGAGAGGAAGUGGAGCUCAGGCCAUGGGAGGCAAGGAGACAUAGUAAUGAAGAUGACACUAAGCAAACGCUUCUCACCACGGGAGAGUCACCGCUGUCUGAAUCACAAAUCUCUAAAGAACCUGUGACCAACGGUUCAAGUCAACAUGACAUAGGGCCCAGUGGAGAGGCUGCAGCUGAUAAUCCUCUUCACCUGGUGGGACGAAUGAUCUUGCAACAAAGUUACAUUUGUGCCCUCAUAGCUAUGAUGGUGUGGAGUAUAACAUACCAUAGUUGGCUGACGUUUGUGCUGCUGCUGUGGUCAUGUGUGAUCUGGAUGCUGCGGGCACGUCAACACUUUGCCACUCUUUGCUCUCCCUUCAUCCUGCUGUAUGGCUUGGCACUUUGCUGCCUGCAGUAUGUGUGGGCCCUGGACCUAGAAACGGAACUGCCCCAGCACAUUGGCACCAUGAGCCUGCACCAGCUGGGUUUGGACCGAGCACAGUACCCCUGUUUGCGCUUGGGAGCCACGCUGCUUUUCACGUUGACAUUUUGGCUUUUGCUGAGACAGUCGGUAAAGGACAUGUUCAGCAGGAAGAAGAGAGUGACUGCACCAUUGCAGGAGGUCACCACUGGAGAGAGCACAGGUCGAAAUGAGUCGAUUUUGAAGGUGUUUGGUGGGCUGGUGAUGAGUCUGUACGCUAAGUACUGGAUCUACGUGUGUGGAGGCAUGUUCAUCAUGGUCAGCUUUGCAGGAAAGCUUGUAGCCUACAAGAUCAUCUACAUGCUGCUAUUUCUGCUCUGCCUGUGUCUGUAUCAGGUGUACUAUUCUCUCUGGAGGAGGUUGCUAAAGGCCUUCUGGUGGAUGGUGGUGGCCUACACCAUGGUGGUGCUCAUUGCUAUUUACACCUUUCAGUUUGAGGACUUUCCAGGCUAUUGGGGAAACUUCACUGGAUUCACAGAACAACAGUUGACUGACAUGGGACUGGAGACGUUUAAACUAUCUGAGCUCUUCAGCAGUAUCCUGAUCCCAGGCUUCUUCCUGUUGGCCUGUAUUCUACAGCUUCACUACUUCCAUAAGCCCUUCAUGAAGAUCACAGAUCUGGAGAAUGUUUUCAGAGAGAAGAGAGGUAUAGAGAAUCCGGAUUUGGUUCGAUCCACAGAGGAAGUAAGAUUUGAGGAGGAAGAUCUCAUUACAGAGCAGGGUGAUGAUCCAUCAGAGGUUGAUGAGGCAAUACCCAGCAAGUGGGGACUGGUGAUGGACAGACUAAUGGUGCUGUCAAUGAAGUUUUCUGACACUUUGACCCAUGUCCAGAGUUUCAUUUGGAGAGUAUUGGAACUGCACAUCGUCAAAAUUGUGGCUUUUUUUGUUGUCUGGGUGGCACUAUUGGAGCCAUCUGCAAUGAACUUGGUCCUGGUGGUGCUGUGGAGUUUUGCCAUGCCUUAUGGCCGUUUCAGAGCAAUGGCCUCCUGUCUCUCCACCAUCUGGGUUUGUGUCAUCAUCGUCUGCAAGAUGCUGUACCAGCUCAGUGUCGUCAACCCUGCGGAGUACUCCAACAACUGCACCGUGCCAAUGGUCAAUGAGACCAGUCUAGAACUGGAUGAAGUGCUGACCUCCACCCUGUAUAAAGCACCUGUGGACCCAGCCAACUGGUUUGGUGUUAGGAAAGAUGCUACUGUCCUCGGUUACACAAAGGGUCAUCUGCUGGUUUUGAUGCUGCUUGUGUUUGAGGCAACAGUGUACCGGCACCAGAUUCAUCACUACAGACAACAGCAGUGCUCACCUCCCCCAAUUCCAGUCAUCUUUCCCCAGGCCACCCGUGACACACUGGACAAGGGUCUCCUCCACUGCAUCAAAUACCUGCUCAACUACAGCUUCUACAAGUUUGGCCUUGAAAUCUGCUUCCUCAUGACUAUGAAUGUUAUUGGCCAGCGUAUGAACUUCCUGGUUAUUAUCCAUGGCUGUUGGUUGGUGGCCAUCAUGGUGCAGCGGCGCAGAGCAGCCAUGGCUAAGAUCUGGUCAAAAUACUGCCUGUUUCUGGUUGUCUUCAUGAUAUACCAAUAUGUUCUCUGUGUGGGCAUCCCUCCUGCCCUCUGUAUUGAUUACCCUUGGAGAUGGAAAACAUCUGUAACUGUCCAUUCAGCUCUGGUUAAAUGGAUCUACUUACCUGACUUCUACACCAUCCCCAACUCUAGGAACCUCAUAUCGGACUUCCUUCUGCUGAUGUGUGCCUCUCAGCAGUGGGCUGUGUUUGAAAAUGAGAAAAAGGAAGAGUGGAUGGUCAUGGGAGGAGAGAACAAAGACAAACCUGACCCCAUGGAGGAUAUGCCCUUCAACCCAGCCCCAAACUUCAUCAACUGCAGGUCCUAUCUGGACAUGGCAAAGGUCCUGGUGUUCCGGUACAUGUUCUGGUUUGUGCUGUCAGUGGUGUUUGUGACCGGAGCCACUCGGAUCAGUGUGUUUGGGUUGGGGUAUCUUAUGGCCUGCUUCUUCUUCCUGCUCUUCGGCACACGGCUGCUGAUCAAGCCAUCACGUACACGUCUGGUCAUGUGGGACUGUCUGAUCAUGUACAAUGUGGCUGUGAUCAUUUCCAAGAACAUCCUGUCUAUCCUGGCCUGUGUGUUUGUGUUGGAGAUGCAGAAGAACUUCUGCUGGGUGAUUCAGCUCUUCAGUCUGGUGUGCACAGUCAAAGGCUACUAUGACCCUAAUUCAGUGUUUGAUAAAGAAUGCUCGCUGCCUGUGGAAGAAGCUGGCAUUAUCUGGGACAGUAUCUGUUUCUUCUUCCUCCUGCUUCAGAGGAGAGUCUUCCUCAGUUUUCAUUUCGUGCACGUAACUGCAGAUCUUCAAGCAUCAGCACGACAAGCCUCUCAGGGUUUCGAGCUGUUCCGAGCCAGUAUUAUAAAGAACAUGCAUUUCCAUCAGCAGGCAGAGAAGAAGUCAAUUCAGCAGCUAAAGGAAUCGAUGAAACGCAUACGUGACAAACAGCAGAAAUAUAAAGAGGGACGUAAAACUUCAGAUAUAGAGGAGCAGCCAUCAGACUCCAAGGAACAGAAGAAGGAGAGACAGUUCUCGAAGUCCAAAGGUUGGCAGUAUCCUUGGAUGGACCAUGCAACUGUAUUGAAUUCUGGGGAAUACUACAUGUUUGAGUCUGACAGCGGAGAGGAAGAUGAAUCCUUUCCGGAGGAACAGAAGCCUCGUCAACAGACUGCCUUUCAGCUGGCAUACCAGGCUUGGGUCUCCAGCGCAAAAGAAGCCCUGAAAGACCGUCAGCAGAGGCAGAGAGAGCAGAGAGCGGAAGCAAAGAAACAACAAACCUCUCAGGCUACAGCAGAUGAUGCUGAGGAGGGUGAAGCAGUUUUUGAUGGGAACUCCAAAGAAGCAGAGGAGAUGCAAGAGGAAGGAGAUGAUGCAGCAUCUCAAGCCACUGGCAGUGAUAUAGUGCAGAAGAUUCUGGACAUACUGAAGUUCCUGUGGGUGCUUUUCCUGGCCAUGGUGGACGGAUUCACUAUGUGGCUUAACUUGCUCACCAAGCAGUAUGUAGACACUUCCAUGGUCCUCUCUGAGGAGCGCUACCUCUUCAUUCACAACAUCAGCCAGAGACCCUCCAGAGAGCCCAUGGAUGAUCAGAUAUCACAGGACAGUGAGAAUCUCACUGUUGAGACAUGUCUCGAUGAAACUGACACAGACAAUGUUCGCUUCAACAGUAAUUAUGUAGACACUUCCAUGGUCCUCUCUGAGGAGCGCUACCUCUUCAUUCACAACAUCAGCCAGAGACCCUCCAGAGAGCCCAUGGAUGAUCAGAUAUCACAGGACAGUGAGAAUCUCACUGUUGAGACAUGUCUCGAUGAAACUGACACAGACAAUGUUCGCUUCAACAGUAAUGUCAAUGUGGUUGAGUUGGAGACACUGGGUGGUUUUCCAAAGUCCCGUGACUUCAGCAGCACAACUCUGUCCUCUGAAUUCACAUUAGAGCUUGAUACAGAACCAUUUUACAGCCAACACACCCACCGCCCUCGACGCUCCAGAACUGCAAGUGAACUGAUUUCAGAGAGGCCGUUCAGUGUUGAGGAGUUGAAACAGAGUCGUGAGUUCUACUCGUCCCAGAACCGACUGCUGAAGCUGCUCUUUGCGCUCUAUAAUGUUCUGGCGGCGCACUCAGAGCUGGUCUGUUAUUUCAUUAUCGUGCUCAAUAACCUGGUGACAGCCUCUGUCAUCUCACUGGUGCUGCCAAUUCUCGUCUUUCUUUGGGCAAUGCUGUCUGUGCCACGACCUUCCAAGAGGUUCUGGAUGACGGCUAUCAUCUAUACAGAGGUCAUGGUGGUGGUCAAAUACCUGUUUCAGUUUGGCUUCUUCCCGUGGAAUACUGAGUAUGAGCUGAAGUUAAAUGAGGACAAGCCGUUCUUCCCUCCUCGCAUCCUGGGCCUAGAGAAAACUAACAACUUCAUCCGUUAUGAUUUGCUCCAGCUAUUGGCCCUUUUCUUUCACCGGUCACUUCUCCAGCGUUAUGGUCUCUGGGACGGCCCUCUGGAAGAGAGGAGCAAUCUUUCAUCUGCGGAGAAGAGCAAGAAUGAAAGAGAUGAGAAUGUCUUUCAGCUCUCAGAUGAAGAGGACAGCCGAGCACAGGCAGAGCACGACACGAAGGUGCUGUCAAUGACACCAUCGACAGAAACACCGACCGAUGCUGAAUUACAGACUGACCCAGAGCCCGACAUACAAACAAAUACCACAGAAACCCUUGAUACAGUGAAGGAGGGUGGAAAGAAGAAGAGUCGUUUCCUUCGCUUCCGCAAGAAAAAACAGUCAGAAGAAGACACUAGACAGAAAGAACCGAAGAAGAAGAAGAAAAAGAAGUCAAAGAAAUGCAGCGAGGACACCAGUAAAAAACGAUUGAAUGCUAUUGGAGGAAAACUCAAAGGACUUUUCUUAUCCAUAGUCAAGAAUGUCUAUAAGCCAACCUGUGGAUUCUUCCAGAACAUCCUUCAUGCAGAGUAUCGGGCAGCUACUGAUGUCUACGCUCUUAUGUUUCUUACUGAUAUGGUGGAUUUUAUCAUCAUCAUCUUCGGUUUCUGGGCUUUUGGAAAAUACUCGGCGGCAGCAGACAUAGCCUCCUCUCUGUCUGAGGACCAAGUCCCCGAGGCGUUUCUAGUCAUGCUCCUCAUUCAGUUCAGCACCAUGAUCAUUGACCGUGCACUCUAUUUGCGGAAGAGCAUCUUGGGAAAGCUCAUCUUCCAGGUUAUACUGGUUUUCGGUAUCCACCUGUGGAUGUUCUUCAUCCUUCCUGCUGUCACUGAGAGGAUGUUCAAUCAUAACUCAGUGGCCCAGCUCUGGUAUUUUUUCAAGUGCAUCUACUUCACUUUGUCAGCGUAUCAGAUCCGUUGUGGCUACCCUAAAUAUCCCCAACCAAAAGGGCAAAAGAAAAAGAAGAUUGUCAAGUAUGGAAUGGGCGGCAUUAUCAUUCUUUUCCUCAUUUGCAUAAUUUGGUUCCCACUACUCUUCAUUUCACUAGUUAAAUCUGUAGUGGGUGUGGUUAACCAUCCUGUUGAUGUCACUGUCACAGUCAAGCUUGGCGGUUAUGAGCCUUUAUUCACAAUGAGUGUGCAGCAGCAGUCCAUCCAGCCUUUCACUGAGCAGGACUACAAUCAUCUUUCCAAUCUGUUUGGAAAAAAUGCUAAAUAUCCCCAACCAAAAGGUCAAAAGAAAAAGAAGAUUGUCAAGUAUGGAAUGGGCGGCAUUAUCAUUCUUUUCCUCAUUUGCAUAAUUUGGUUCCCACUACUCUUCAUUUCACUAGUUAAAUCUGUAGUGGGUGUGGUUAACCAUCCUGUUGAUGUCACUGUCACAGUCAAGCUUGGCGGUUAUGAGCCUUUAUUCACAAUGAGUGUGCAGCAGCAGUCCAUCCAGCCUUUCACUGAGCAGGACUACAAUCAUCUUUCCAAUCUGUUUGGAAAAAAUGCUGUGGCUAUGCAGUUUAUUACCAUGUACAGCUAUGAAGAUAUUGUCACAGCCAACAUUGAGGGCAGCUCAGGGUCAGUGUGGCGGAUCAGCCCACCGAGCAGACAGGAGCUAAUAAAGGAGCUGCUUGGUAGCACAGGUGACAUGACCCUCCGUCUGGAUUGGAACUUCCAAAGGGACCUGGGGAAAGGUGGGACAGUGGAACAUACUUUUGACAGGCACUCCAUCAGUUUGUCACCGAAGAACCCAGUCAGAGUGGACCUGGCCUCGCUGCUUUUGGGCACCCGGAAGGAUCCUGUGCAUGUGCCGCACAUGUUUCCUAACUACAUCAGAGCACCUACUGGAGCUGAAGCCAAACCUGUCAGCCAGCUGUAUGAUGGUGAUGAGGAGGGAUAUCAAGAUGUGACUUUGUCCCUGAUGAGAGAAGCCUCUGUGAAUACCACUGGAGCUCAGGAGUGGUGGGACAUCAGCAUUGCGGACUGCAAGGGGUCCUGUGACGUCCUACCUAUGGUCAUCUUUAACGACAAAGUUAGCCCUCCAAGUUUGGGCUUUCUAGCAGGAUACGGGAUCAUGGGUCUCUAUGUGUCGGUGGUUUUGGUCAUUGGCAAAUUUGUACGAGGCUUUUUCAGCGAGAUCUCUCACUCCAUCAUGUUUGAGGAACUGCCAUGUGUGGAUCGCAUCCUCAAGCUAUGCAUGGACAUUUUCCUAGUGCGGGAAACCGGAGAACUGGAGCAGGAGGAAGAGCUUUACUCCAAACUCAUCUUCCUCUAUCGCUCUCCAGAGACCAUGAUCAAGUGGACUAGAGAAAAGAAUGAAGACUGAAACUGUUUUGUGAUUGGCGCAGCAUCGCAUGGAUGGACAUGCUGCAUCUUAAUGUCCACUUUGGCCUUGAGGCCGGCUGGAACCAGUAGAGCUUUACUGCUCUUGUGAGCUUGUGACAUUGUAUAAGUUGGAUGAUUCAGGGGUCAGGUUAAGCCUCUGUGCGUUAUUCUGCCUGAACUGUGUUUAGUUUUGUCAGCAAGCUUGAAAAUCUGCCUCUCUCAAAGCAACUCAAUGUGAGUGAUCCAGACGCUAGCCAUAAGGACCUGCAGACGAUAAUCCAGUGUACUAGUGACCAGCAGGCACAGAAUGGUAGGACAUUCAAACACUAUUAGGGUGAAUCUCACAAAAUCAUGUCUGGGUCAUACUUUAUCCCAAAGUAACAGGAAAUUAUAUUCUAUAUAAAAGUAUUUCCUUUUUUAUGACUAUUAAAGGGAUAGUUCACUCAAAAAUGAAA